AUGAAGCUGAACAUCUCGAACCCACUGAACAAUGUUCAGAAAAGCAUAGAAAUCGACGACGAGAAGAAGCUACUGCCCUUCAUGGAGAAGCGCAUAGGAAACGUCGUCCCCGGGGAUUCCAUAGGCGAAGAAUUUUUAGGAUACGUAUUUAGGAUAACCGGAGGAAAUGACAAGCAGGGAUUUCCAAUGAUGCAAGGAGUGCUAACGAACCACAGGGUCAGGUUGCUAUUUAAAAAAGGCAUGAAAUGUUAUAGGCCAAGGAAAAAGGGAGAAAAAAGACGAAAGUCUGUAAGAGGAUGUAUAGUAGGCCAAGAUUUGUCAGCACUAAAUCUAACCCUAGUGAAGAAAGGUACAAAUGAAAUCCCAGGAUUGACCGAUAAAGCAGUGGGAAAGAAGCUAGGACCAAAGAGAGCUUCAAAAAUUAGAAAGCUUUUCAACCUUGACAAAACGGAUGAUGUUAGAAAGUAUGUCAUCGGAAGAGCCAUUUCGAAAAAUGGAAAGAACAGAUUUAUCAAGCCAAAGAUACAAAGACUUGUUACAGAAAAGAGGCUAUUACGUAAGAGAUCACUCAUGGCAAAGAAGGAAAAACACAGAUUGGAAAAGAAAAAAGUAAUUAAGGAAUAUAAAAAGCUAUUGAACCAGUACAAAAAUGGACUGCUGACAAACACCGAUGAAAAUGCCGGAAAAAAGAAAAAAGUUAAAAAGACCCUUGCGAAAGAUACCAAGAAAAAAGAUAAAAAAAAUCUUAAGGGGGACAAAGCAGAAGCAGGCAAAAAGGAUACCGUUAAAAAGGAUGGUACCAAAAAGGAGGUAGCCAAGAAAGACGCAGGAAAGAAAGCAGCAUCUGGAUCCGCAGCAACGGCCAAAGUUAAAGAAGAGAAGAAAUCCAAGCAGGACAACAAAGCGGUGAAGGUGGAGAAGAAGGCCCCCGCCAAGCCCAAGAAGGAGGAAGUCAAGGGUGGCAAGAAGAAGUAA